AGUAUCUCCAGCAGUAGCUUAGAUGCCAACAGCCCAGAGCAGUCAGUGCCAAGGUCCAAUAAUAUCAGCAGUGGUGCUGGCAUUACUCACAUUCACCAGUCCCCUCUAGGGGGGCUUGCACCCCUCUCUGUUGGCGGCGGAGGACACUCACCCCAUCCGUCCAUUAACAACCAGGGUGGUGCCUCCGGUCCGGUCCCCAUGCCACCCAGCAAGCAAGGAUUCCUGUUCCAGCCAGUCUCAGAGGCCAUGGGCUCCCCAUCGUCCACGUCCUCCUCAUCCUCGUCCAGCUUGUCGAUGCACCACCUCCACCCGCAACCAGACCAGCAGUCGCACCACGCCGACAGGAGCCCACUGGCCCACGCUCACUCACAAAUGUCCCCACAGCAACCACUGCGCACACAUUCAUCCAUGAGCAAUGAUGGGAACAGCCAUAAUAGCAAUGACAUUUACAUGAGUGAUACAGAAAUGAGGGACCAUUCAGAUAUGGCCAGCAAGCCAUCAGAAGGCUUUAGCCUUUCAGAUUUGAACA